AUGCAUUUGAGGUUACAAGUGUUUUUCGGCCAGUUGCUAUGGUUGGUGGCUCUACUGAACGGGAAAACCUUUGAAGGUAUUCCAGGUUUUGGGAGAAAUCUGCUCAUUAAGGCGCUACCCGCUAUAGAUGAUUACCAGAGCAAUAUUUACGAAGUCAUUAUGGAGCCAUAUUUAUAUGAUCUUGGCCGCCCGUACCCGAUAACGGGGAGCCGAGCCGAAAAACAAAUAGACUUAGCCAUCGCGCCCAGAUCGUCGCCAGGUCUUCAAGCCGUCGUGCAUCUCGAACCUGACGAGGAGUCAGGAGUCGAGGGCACCCUCAUAUUCACUCAGAUCGUGCCCAACGGCCCCGUGACUGUGGAGGGCAACGUGACCGGCCUGACUCCAGGGCUCCACGGCGUGCACGUGCAUCAGACCGGUUCCAUCAAAGAUAGCUGCAAGGAUAUUGGACCACACUUCAUCGCGUAUUAUGGUCGUCAUGGUGGACCACGCGAUCACAUCCGUCACGUCGGCGACCUUGGCAACAUUAAAGCUGAGGAGGGCCCGGUGACUAUCAAGAUUGUGGACCACUUGAUAUCAUUAGCUGGUCCCCGAUCCAUCGUUGGAAGGUCUUUAGCCAUCUCCAAGGAGGAAGACGAUUACGGCCGAUCUAGUACAGAAGACAGCGCGUUGACUGGCACUUCGGGACCAGCUGUGGCUUGCGGCAUCAUCGGCUACGUUAACUAA